UGCAAGUUAAUUUUAGUUGAGUUUAACUAAUAUCCAGCGAUAGUGCACAUUUUUUUUUAGUAGCAGGUCAUUUUACCUACUAUAGCAGAUAAUUUAUUUGAUUUUCAAGAUUACAAAUCUCAUUUUUUAUGUAGAGCUAGUAAUAAAUAUUUUGGGAUGACUUAUAGUGAAAAAAGUCUUUUACAUAAUCAAUGUACAUGAUUAUCAUUCUAGUUUGACUUUUAGAAGAGAGUUGGCAAAAUCUGAAAAAGAUGUUGAGACCACUAGCUAUAUUUGAGGCUUGGGUUCAUAGACUCAAAUUUGUUGAGAAUUUCUCAAUUGAAAUUUUUAGCCAAAAAAAAAAAAGAGCUUAUUCCCACUUUAGGGACUUUAUUUCUUUAUUGUUUCUUAUCUAUUCAGACUUUAAAUUAUAUUUAUCAUUCGUAUAAGGAAUUUUUGUAUCAUCUUGUCACUUUUACAUGUUGUAGUACGUAUUCUAUUUUAUUUUCAAGAUUACAAAUUCUAUGUAUACUUAAACAUGUGAAUAUUGUUGACCACUUUAGCAAUUGAAAAAAAAAACUCUCUAUGCAAGACAUGCUAAUAGUUUCAAUGGACACCUCAUCAACAGCAAUUGAUUGGGUUUUCUCUGAACUUCUAAGGCACCCUAAAGUAAUGAAAAAACUACAAAAGGAGUUGGAACUAAUAGUUGGCAAAAAUAGAAGUGAAGAGUCUGAUUUGGAAAAAUUAGAGUACUUAGAUAUGGUCAUUAAAGAAGGCUUUAGGCUUCACCCCAUUGCACCUCUAUUGAUUCCUCAUGAAUCAGUUGAAGAUUGCACAAUUGAUGGCUUUGAUAUACCUAAAGGUUCAAGAAUUUUAGUAAAUGUUUGGCCAAUCGGAAGAGAUCCAAAAGUUUGGCCGGAACCCGAGAAGUUUGUGCCAGAAAGGUUUGUUGGUAGCAACAUCGAUCUUCGAGGACGUGAUUUUCAACUUUUACCGUUUGGCUUUGGGAGAAGAAUCUGCCCUGGAUUACAAUUAGGUCUCACAAUCGUUCGAUUAGUGCUUGCACAAUUAGUUCAUUGUUUUGACUGGAAGCUACCAAAUGUUAUGAUGCCAAACGAUAUAGAUAUGACUGAGAAAUUCGGUUUAGUUACCACUAGAGCUCAACAUUUAAUGGAUAUUCCUACUUGUCGGUUGCAUGUAUAAUUGAUAUGAGUCUUACUAGAAGCUUAAUUAAGUGAAAACAUGAAAAGAAUUACAAUGUUUCUCUGAAACUAUGGUUGUAGUUUAAUAUCAUUUUCUCAUAUUUUAUAGUGAAA